AUGAUAUUAUUACCAUUCGAAGGUAGUGACGAUUUAAUACUCUAUGAUAAAAUCUUCACCAUUAAAUCACUCAGAAAUAUUUUCCUUCCAACCGAAUCAUUCUAUGCCAAAAAAUUACAAAGGAUUCUAUCCAAAGAUACUUUAAUAGAAUCGUUUAGCUGUAGAACACCUCUUGGUUUAUUAGAUUUAGCUGAAGGAGCAUUGGACAGUGGUGAUGAGGAUGAUAAGAAUAAAAUUGGUGAGGAUGAAGAUGAAUGUUAUAUUUUCAAUACUAGACGAUCAUAUUCACAUAUGUUAAGACCAAAGAUAAUAGAAUCAACAUCAUUGGAGCUCAGUAAAGCGUUGUCUAUCAAUACUACAUUGACAUCAUUGACAAUCACCUGUCAAGUAAUAUCGGAUUCAUUCUUUCAAACUUUGUCGCACUCGAACCAAACAAUAAGUCAUCUCUCACUCACAGAGUGUGGUAUAGAUCAACUUGUUCAAAUUGCCAAUCUAUUGGAAUCAAACAAAACAAUCAGACGACUUGGAAUUGCUUUUCAUCGAAAUUAUUGCCAACAAAUGAUAGGUAAUAAUACACCAAGCUCUUUUAGGAUUAAAAUGGAUAAAGACAUUGAAUUAUUCUCACUUUCAUUACUCAAAAACAAAACAAUUUCAAGAUUGGACAUUCAAGAAUAUCAACCCUAUACUAUUAGAUCUCAUAUUGACGAUUGUUAUUAUAAUCAUAGAACAUUUCAAGAGUUACCAUCAUUCUAUCCAACUUUAAAAGAGUAUGCCUAUGAUUAUACUGAUGGUCAAGAGGUAUUCGAUAGUUUAGAGAAUUUCAAGCAGUUGAAUUAUAAUCGAUCAAUAAUAGAAUAUUCAUUGGUUUCAAAGGAAUGGUUUAAUUAUAUCUCAAAGAGAACCGAUCGAUUCUAUGCAGAGGAACCAAUCGAUCUCUCAUUGACUCGAUCAAUCUACCAAUUCUCCAACAUCACACAUCUUUAUGCUGAUUUCUCACCAGAACCAUCUUGGCUCAAGAACUUUUUGAAUCUAAAGAGAUUGGUUAUCAAUACAGAUGAUGUUAAUCGUGUAAAGCAACUCGUAGAACAAUUUCCAUCAAUCAAAUUAGAGGUGUUUGUAAAAGCAGAUAGUGAAGAGUCACAUACAAACGGUGAUUUAUCAUCAAUUGGUUAUGAUACCCUGGAAUUCGUACAUCUCUAUGUAAUGAAUAUAUAUUCCGAUGUAGAUCAUGAUAAUCUUAAAUGUUACUAUAAAAAGUAUGUCAAACCAUGGCGUACAAAUUCAAUCUAUUUUGUCUACGAUGAAGGCGGUCACGAUGGUAUAGUACCUGAAACUCAAUAUGGUUACCUCUUCGAGAAAGUAAAAUCACUCAGAAACAUUAUCAUUCCAUGCGACCCAUUCUUGGCCUUUUUAUUACGAUUCGCUGUUACCAAUGAUACUCUCAUCGAUUCAUUCAAAUGUAGUACUCCACUUGGUAUAUUGGAUGCAUUAAAUCGAUCGACUCUCACGAACAGUGAAGAUGAAGAAGAAGCUGAAGAUGAAGCUGAAGAUAAAGAUGAAGGUAAAGCAGUUGAAGUUAAAUAUGGAGAUGAAGAUGAAGAGGAAUAUAGUCAUGCUGAAUAUAUCGAUUUACUAAAGAAUUAUAAAUUUUAUAGCUAUUAUUGUCGUUGUUUUCAAUAUGAUACAGAGGCGGAUACAUUGGUGCUAAGUAAAUUAACACAUUGGAAACGAUUCUGUUUGAUGCUUGGAAGUAACACACGAUUAAAAAGUCGAGAGGAUGAUUAUCAUGGUCAUUUUCUACUUCCAAAGUCAAUCGAAUCAACAUCAUUGGCACUCUGUGAAGCUUUGUCAGUCAAUACUACAUUAACAUCAUUGACAAUCUCAUGUCAAGUACUCUCGGAUUCAUUCUUUCAAACAUUACCACACUCGAACCAAACAAUCAAUCAUCUCUCACUCACUGAAUGUGGUAUCGAUCAACUUGUUCAACUCACCAAUCUAUUGGAAUCAAACAAAUCAAUCAAACGACUUGGUAUCACAUUUCAUAAGAGAUACUAUCAAGAAAUUAUGAGAAAACAACUGGCCACCACUAAAAGUGAAACUGAUAAAGCCAUUGAAUCAUUCUCACUCUCAUUACUCAACAACAAAACAAUCACAAGAUUGGACAUCAAAGAAUAUCAACCCUAUACUAUUAGAUCUCAUAUUGAAAGCCUAUUCAAUGGUAAAGAUCGAUUCAUAUCCACUAAAUUCAUAAACCAAAAAACCAAUUCCUUCGAUUGCUAUUGUAAUCGUAGAACAUUUCAAGAGUUACCAUCGUUCUAUCCAACUUUGAAAGAGUAUGCCUAUGAUUAUACUGAUGGUCAAGAGGUAUUCGAUAGUUUAGAGAAUUUCAAGCAGUUGAAUUAUAAUCGAUCAAUAAUAGAAUAUUCAUUGGUUUCAAAGGAAUGGUUUAAUUAUAUCUCAAAGAGAACCGAUCGAUUCUAUGCAACUCUACAAAACGAUCUCUCAUUGACUCUAUCAAUCUACCAAUUCUCCAACAUCACACAUCUCUAUGCUGAUUUCUUACCUGAAUCAUCUUGGCUUAAGAACUUUACGAAUCUAAAGAGAUUGAUUAUCAAUACAGAUGAUGUUAAUCGUGUAAAACAACUCGUAGAACAAUUUCCAUCGAUCAAAUUAGAGGUGUUUGUAAAAGCAGAUAGUGAAGAGUCACAUAUAAACGGUGAUUUAUCAUCAAUUGGUUAUGAUACUUUGGAAUUCGUACAUCUCUAUGUGGUGAAUAUAGAUUGCGCUGUAGAUCAUGAUAAUAUUGAUCGUUACUAUAAAAAGUAUGUCGAACCAUGGCGUACAAAUUCAAUCUAUUUUGUCUACGAUGAAGGUCAUCACGAUGGUAUAGUACCAGAUAUUGAAUAUGGUUACCUCUUCAAAGAAGUGAAAUCACUCAGAAACAUUAUCAUUCCAAGCGAUCGAUUCUUGGCCUUUUUACUAAAAUACGCUGUUAUCAAUGAUACUCUCAUCGACUCAUUCAAAUGUAGUACUCCACUUGGUAUAUUGGAUGCAUUAGAUCGAUCGACUCUUAAUAACAGUGAAGAUGAAGAUGAAGCUGAUGAGGAAAAUGAAGAUGAAGAUAAAGAUGAAGAUGAAUUUGAUCAUGAAGAAUAUUGCGACAUACGAGACAAUGGCUUUUUCUAUGACUACUAUUGUCGUUGUUUUCAAGAUGAUACAGAGGCGGAGACAUUGGUAGUAAGUAAAUUAAAACAUUGGAAACGAUUCUGUUUGAUGCUUGGAAGUAACACACGAUUAAAGUAUUUGGAGUUGAAAAACUAUUGUAAAUCCUUUAAUAAUAUUAGAAGUCGAGAGGAUGAUUAUCAUGGUCAUUUUCUACUUCCAAAGUCAAUCGAAUCAACUUCAUUGGCACUCUGUGAAGCUUUGUCAGUCAAUACUACAUUAACAUCAUUGACAAUCUCAUGUCAAGUACUCUCGGAUUCAUUCUAUCAAACAUUGUCACACUCGAAUCAAACAAUCAAUCAUCUCUCACUCACUGAAUGUGGUGUCGAUCAACUUGUUCAACUCACCAAUCUAUUGGAAUCAAACAAAUCACUCAAACGUCUUGGUAUCACAUUUCAUAAGAGAUACUAUCAAGAAAUUAUGAGCAAACAACUAGACACUAAAUGUGAAACUGAUAAAGCCAUUGAAUCGUUCUCACUCUCAUUACUCAACAACAAAACAAUUACAAGAUUGGACAUCAAAGAAUAUCAACCCUAUACUAUUAAAACUCGUAUUGAAAGCCUAUUCAAUGGUAAAGAUCGAUUCAUAUCCACUAAAUUCAUAAACCAAAAAACCAAUUCCUUGUUUUUUAAAUAA